AUGGCUGACGUUGGCAACUACGAUCUUGUUUGGCGCGUUGUUGCAGGAAAUCGAGAGAUAGUGCAACGUAAAGCGGAAAAGGUCGACGAUGAAGAUGUGAGAAAUCCGCAGACGAGCGAUGUUGGACGUCGACUGGACCUUAGCAUGUUGUCUAUCGACGAGAACUGGCUGAGUGAGUCACUUCAACAAGAAUCUCUCAAGUACUAUUCUAUCACCGUUUUGAAUCUCAACGACUGCGGUCUUAAAUCUAUUCCGAAUUUCAUCUGCAAUGUUACCAACGUUAUUCGACUCCGAAUACACUCUAACCAUCUCAAGACGCUGCCAGACACCAUCGGUGAUCUGCAAUACUUGGAAAGGCUCUCAGCGUAUGGAAACCAGUUGGAGUCUCUUCCCCAGUCUUUGUACAAGCUGCGUCAGUUAAAGAUUUUGCGUUUGGGAGGAAACAAGCUGCACAAUAAAGAUUUACACAGAAUCCAAGAGAUGAUUGGACUCCAGCAGUUAUAUUUAAGACAAAAUCCAUACAUUACAUCUAUUCCACAUAAGCUGUAUCAUAUGGACAACCUUACCGAGCUCAAUGCAGAUGAUUGUGGUAAUAGAGCUCUAUCUCCUGUACCUAGACCAAGAAGUACAGCUGUACAAAGAACGUCGAAGUUACCUGAACCAUCAAGAUAUGAGGAGACAAGAUCCAGUGAGCUGACAGAUGAAACAAAACCAUUUGCAAAGGCAUUUGUAGAUGACGGAGCCGAUAAACAGAGUCAAGGCAUACUUGACAAGCUACCCAAAGAGAAAGAAAAUCCAAUGAUACGAGAAUUCAUUGAUCGGAAUCCUCUGAAGCAGCUGGAUGCAAUGCUUGUUGACAUUCCUGUAGAAGAUGUUUACUGGUGCGGUGGAAUACUGAGCAUGAUGACAAUAAGCAGAGAACCCGCAGGCACAGAUGUUGUUUCAUUCAGCGCAGUCAUCGGUCAAUCAGGUGGCAAGUGUGGCUCUGAUGACAUUUUCUUGAUUGUGCCAUCCGGUGCUGUAUUAUUACCUCAGGUGUUUCAAUGUGAUAUUAUGCUUCAUUCACAUUGUAUGCCUCCUACUGACAGUGACAAAGAGGAAAUGGUUGUGAGCCCUUGUGUCCGUCUUUCUCCAUCUGAAGUUAAUUUUAGGGAUUACGUUCAACUUCAGCUGCCUGCAUUUGUAUCAUUUAAAUCUACACAUUCUGGCAGUGGCUGGCUACUUAGAUUAAUGAUGAUAUAUCAAACUCCUGAUAUCGAACCAGCAAAGUGGCAUACAGCACUCACCAUUAAUACAGCUACAGGAGAAGUAGUAUCACAGUCACCUUCUGUCCAAUUUGAUUCUCAUCGAGGCAUCAUUUAUCUUCGGCAUUUCUGCUGCCUUUGUUGGUUGGGCUCCAUACUUAACAUUCAAUCAUGGGUAGAAAAAUGUGUUUCUUAUGUUUUGUUUGGAAAGCGUCUCGAGCAGCACAAGUGGAUGGUUUCUGUUCAUGUCAUUCAUGGUGCGAACGUUGUGGUUACAGAGUUGCGUCAAAUGUUGGAGAUGCAGUCAUACAUUUUACUACGCCCUGCUAUAAACUCUAUCAUUGGUCGGUGUGGGUAUCUAACAUUGUCUGCUAAGGCUAACGAUCCGUGGAAACUUUGCAAACAAUCCGCAGAAGCUAGAAUUUCAACUAAGUUAAUAUGGAAUGGUCCUAUCAAUGGAGCAACAAAUUUUGAAGUCAUAAUGGAAGAUCCUACAGGCAAUUCUGGAUAUCUUGAGUGCACAUUCACAGCAGCAUUUGAAGGUGACUAUAUGACUGUGGAGCCGGUCACACUUGAUGUUACUUUUCCAAUUUCUUCUGACUUUCAGCUACGCAAUUCUUCUACUACAGCGCAUCAGCCCAACAUUUUUAAGUUCUUUAUCAGCAAUUCACAGAAUCUGGCAUUUGGAUCUAAUCCUCAGAUUGGCAUUGCCCCUUCCAGCGUCUGUACUGUUGACAGACAAGUUGUUGCAGGUGCUUUACCUGUCACUACGGACAAUACUCAACCUCUAGAAGGAGUGGGUGAAAGCAUCUCUGCUAUCACUGGGAUCACCAUUAGUCCUGAUCACAUUCCAAUUGGUGUUUCCAAGCUUCUACACAUUGCCCUCAACUCGCCAGUUGCUCAGGAAAGUGCCAUGUCUUCAGGAAAAUGUAUAGUUCAGUUUAUUAGUCAAGGACAGGAUGAAUCCAAGAUUGAGGAAACGGGAGCUGAGAGUGUCAAUAAUGAAGUGGAAGUCUUGUUUCCUGCAUGGCCUCUUGCUGAUCAUGUGCUUGUGAGAAUAGCACUAGCAACUGACAAGAAGCAGCAGCUUGGAGUCGGAUUCGUGACUGUUGGAGAAUUCUUGUGAUAGCCAUGUGUUUCAACGUGAGCUCACUACUUUUAUUAAUACUUAGUAUGUACAUGAGCAAUACUCAUACUUUACUAAUUUAUUAUGACAUGCUAGAAUUUCUGUGUAUAUUUUGUAAACAUUGGUGUAGAUUUGUAUGUUAGUUUUGUACUUUCUAUUGGGUCGUUAUCAAUAAAUCUUGCAAUUCAACGGAUGUCACUGCCAGAGUCUAUAGACUUGGCAGUUUCAU